AUGGCUCCAACACCCCCAACACGGCGGGAGGUUCUUCUCCUCGCCAUGCUGCUCCUCGUUAUCCUCUUCUUUUCCAACUCAGAGCCGCCACCACCUCCUUCGCCAACCCUCCCUCUCACCCCAAGCGCUCCCGUUCUCGAGGCCCAUACACCACAACCGCUGGACACAAGGCUGACGUGGGGUUCAUCGCGGCCUCCCGAAACGACAAUAGCAUCACACGUCCCAGGCUGGACAAUACUCGACAAGUUAUACAUCCUCAAGGGCGUGGUUUACAUCGUUUCAGACAGCCCGUCAACAAUACCCGACGUUCGAUACAUCUACUCCAAAGGUUUAGCUAUCAAACCGGGACAGGAGGAGGACCAGAAGCGAUUACCUACGGACAGGCAUAUUCGAGUAAUUAGCACCAAGGAGGCGAGAAAGCUGUUUGGAACGAGUGCGCAAACUAUCGAUGGAUUCUCAUUUCUCGUGAAUGACCCUCCGCAGUUCAUCACCCAUUACUAUCACUGGUCCGCCGAGCUCUGGUUCGGGUUUUGGCGGGCAUACUCCUCCCUCGACCCAUCGAUAUCGCCGGAAGGAAACACCACCCUAGUGCCUCCACGCCGGAUAAUGUUCAACCACCUCGACAACGUACACUGGCGCGACUAUGCCGACAUGAACCAACUCGUCCUGCGAUCAUCAUUUCCUUCCGUGUCGAUGGAAUUCGUUGACGACUGGCGGGACCGAGCAGAGAUGGGGAAGGCAUUCGUGUUCGAGCGUGUGCUCGUCGCGGACCGGUCCGCGGCGAUGCUCUCGUUCAACUACGCCCGCUACCAGCGCACGGCGGCUGCAGCCUUCGCCCUGCCCGGCAGCAUGAGCUGGUGGCAGCCCAUCAGAAACAACGUCGUCGAGUUCGCUGGUGUCGACCCUGAAGUGGGGAGUGGGACAACUGGGAAGCCUGUUAUCACGUACAUCUCGCGGCAGAACUGGGGCAGGCGUAUGCUCAUCCCUGAACACCACGACCGGCUUGUGCAAGAACUACACAGAAUCAGAAACGAAUACGGGUAUGAAGUGAAUGUGGUCGAGGCAGAGCAUAUGUCGCGCGUUGAGCAAAUCCGGUUGGCGGCUCGGACAACGAUUAUGAUGGGCGUGCACGGGAAUGGUUUGACGUCGCUCGUGUGGAUGAAGCCUAACCCCAGGUCGACGGUCAUGGAAUUCUUCUUUCCUCAAGGCUUUGCGCACGACUACGAAUACACGACGCGGGCAUUAGGAAUGGUGCAUUACGGUUUCUGGAACUCGGAGUAUUUCACAAGCCCGGGUCUACCAACUCCUCAAUACGUCGAAGGCUUCCAGGGCAAGGAAAUCCCAAUCGACGGCGAGGCCGUCGCGCGGCUAUGUGUCGAGCGACUGUCCCUGAACAGUGAAGUUGAUGACUAG